GUGUACAGAGCCGGUUAGUCCAGUCAACCAGCGGAUCAAGGUUAUGUGUUACUAGUAAGGUGACUCAGACAUCAGCACAGUCCAGGCAGUCAGUUAGGUGGAGAUCAGAUCAGUCUGGUCGUCAAGUCACUACGGUACGUGAUGCCAUUGAUACCAUUGAUUCAAUAUUUGAUAGCAUCGUGAAGACGCACACGUUUCAAACCAGCUAUCUACUAUCACAAUGUUCUCUCAUCCAACGACAUGUUCCUGAACUACGGAGUCCAGGCAUGAUUAGGGUUUCCCUUGAGGCAUGUGCUCUUGUCAAUGAGGAGAACACUGAUGUGACAAAGCUUACAGAGUCGUUACUUAAUCAGCUAGCCAGCCUACCUACUGAAAUCUGGCAAGAAGGCAAGAACCAACACAACCUGUUAUGGGCACUGUACUGGGCCGCAAAGUGCCGAUGUGCAACUCCAGGAUUCACGAAGUUACUACAACAGCAGCUUGAUGUCAUGUGCAUUGAGGAAUGUAGAGCUGUUGAUCGGUGUGCACAUGCAUUGUUUAUGUUAAAUAUGCCUGAUCGUCACCUGGCCCAGCACUUGAUGAAUCGCUACCUUACCAUCCAGAGUAGAGGUGAUCCCAAGUAUCGUCAUACUCAAGUACUCACACUACUUCUCUACUGUACACUGUGUGGUGUAGAGUGCAGUGCCUUGCUGAAGCUGAUCAGUAUUGAUCAUCUGAUACAGGAAUGCAAUCCUCGCCAUGUCCAACUGCUAUUUUUCCACAACACCCUCCCUGGUACUAAAGACCAGCGGCUACAGAUAUUGGAAACAUGUUUGGUGCGGUUCCGAAAGGCUGUGGCAAGUCGGUAUUCAGGUCGAAUGCAUGAUAUGCUGUCAUACUUCAUUGGCUCAAAGUACACCACUGGCCUUUCUCUGGUUGAUGGUGUGGACGUUCAAGCAUUCUGCGUAUUCAACCGAGACUAUGAACCAGUGGAGACUGACGCGUAUCCAGCUGAUGUGUACAAUGGUGUAUCCGUAGAUAUGACAGCAGCUAGACGUCAUGGCUUCAGUGUUGUGGCAUGUCUGGGUGUGAGUGACACUCGGUUACUACGUCAUCCGGCUUGUGCACCAAACGGAUAUACCACUCUUGAGGCAUCCGCACUCAAAUCUCAAGGAUGCUAUAUUAUCCCGGUGGUACUCAAACAUGGCGCUCGGUACUCGCAGAGAAGCAGACACUUUAUCCCGGAUUUGCUGAUCAAUUAUCCGCAUCACAUUGGCGUGUUCAAAGACCUGUUGCCAGCCAAGCAGUGAUGAAUAUACACACUGAUGUCAUACUUAACACUAUGGUCUCUCUGAACAGCAGAAUACUAUGCCGAAUUGUGCAGGAAGUGUGUGAUAUCAUGUGAGACUGGAAUAUGGUGUCCAUGUUCUGAUUUUUUAAAGUUAUUAUUUCUCCGAUUCCUUCCUUUUGCUGCUGAGCUGAGUAGCUGAGUAGCUGAGUAACCGAGUAACUGAGUAACCGAGUAACUGUGUAACUGAGUAACUGAGUACAUCGAAUGUGAGAGGGUAGUGCUGCUAGUGCUAGUGUAGUAUGCAUUGAUUUGUGUUUUUCAAAUCAAGGCAUUGUUGAGUGUGUGUGUGUGAUUACUUUACUUCCAAUUUUCUUUUUUUCUCUUCUGAGUGCGUAUACAAUGUACAUGUACGUUGAUAUUGUGAAUCCUCCACAUGUGUAUUUAGCUUCCAUUGUGCGUGAGUGUGUGUGUGCUUGUACAUUUAUAUCCCAUGAAGUUCGUUUUUCUUUGUGUGGGCAUAUACGUUGAUAUUGUGAAUCCUCCACAUUUGUGUUGUUCCUUCCAUUGUCCAUACAACACGUAGUACAUGUAGCGUCUGGAGUAGCCAGGAUCCUGAUUCUUGACUGAGCUAUGCAAAACACGUUAUAAAGGUGGUAGCGUCUGCCGUGAUCUGUGUGUGUGUGUGUGUGUGUGUGUGUGUGUGUGUGUGUGGGUGUGUGUGUGUGUGUGUGUGUGUGUGGUGUGUGUGUGUGUGUGUGUGUGUGUGUGUGUGUGUGUGUGUGUAUGUGUUCCGUCAGGCCGGCAAGUCAUGUGUCGGUGACAGGAGGACAACGACUAAAAGACUCUCUCUGAGCUGGCAUUGCACCAGGCGUGGGUCGAUUCACCCGUGAAACGUGACUAAGUACCAGCACAUGCACAGCUAGCUCAGCAAAUUUAUGAUGAAUUUUGAUGUUGAUGAAAUACACCAUGUAGCUGGUGAAAGAAACAAACAUGUGGCGAGAGUUCUGUGCUGAGCUCUCUUGUUUCUCUGGGUUGUUUUAUGUGAAAAAGAGAAGAAACACAUGAGAACAUUUAUUACUGGCUCAGUAUCCGAGUUUAUAUUUUAUGUGUAUGCUGAUGUGUGACGGUGUGGGUGUUUUCUGUAAGGCGGCACAAACCAUGUGAGAUCGAAUUGUGACUGAUCACGUGCGUUGCAGCCUGGUGACGUGGCUUGUUGCGUAUGAGGAUGUAGAAAUAACAUACAUGUAUGAUGUAGACCGAUCCUAGCGAUGGUCCUGACCUGGCUCUUUUUGUUAAUCAUCAACAAAUCACUACAAAUUCUACAAUAGUCAUGUAGAUGUAC